UCGCCCGUUUCCCUCUCGCUCUCUCUCUCUCUCGCUCUCUCUAAAACCCUUUUUAGUAGCCUCUCUCUCUCUCUCUCUCUCUCGCUCUCUCUUCUCGACCCAAUUAGGGUUGUAGGGUUCGCGUUAGGGUUUAGGAAGAGACGAGAUGGUCGCGGACAAGGGGAAGAAGACGAAGGCCGACGCGGAGCAGGAGAGUGACCCCGUCGACGGGGCGCUUGUGAUGUCCAUCGAGAAGCUCCAGGAGAUCCAGGAUGAGCUCGAGAAGGUUAAUGAGGAGGCAAGCGAUAAGGUUUUGGAGGUGGAACAGAAAUAUAAUGAGAUACGUAGACCUGUCUACCUUAAGCGGAAUGAAAUAAUCAAAUCCAUUCCAGACUUCUGGUUAACUGCGUUUCUCAGUCAUCCUCUCCUUGCUGAUCUACUAAAUGAGGAAGAUCAAAAGGUUUUCAAGUACUUAGCUUCAUUAGAUGUCGAAGACUGUAAAGAUGUCAAGUCUGGCUACUCCAUUAUAUUUAACUUCUCCCCUAACCCAUACUUUGAAGACACCAAGCUUGUAAAGACAUACUCAUUCACUGAGGAAGGAACGACUAAUAUAAAUGGUACAAAAAUUAAGUGGAAGGCGGGCAUGAAUAUUGCCAAUGGAAAUGCCCAUGAGAAGAAAGGGAGCAAGCGCCCCUUCACUGAGGAGAGUUUCUUUAGCUGGUUUAGCGAAAAUCACCAGAAGAAUCUCGCUGACGGAGUCUCAGAUGAGGUGGCUGAGAUUAUCAGGGAAGAUUUGUGGCCUAAUCCUCUGAAGUAUUUCAACAAUGAGGCCGAUGAGGAUUUUGAUGGAGAUGAGGAUAAUGAAGAGGGAUCUGAAGGCGAGGACGGAGAGCAAGACGACGACGAAGAAGAAGACAACGAUGAGGAAGAGAACUAAGCUCUCCUCCGAAACUCAAACCUCUUUGGAAUCGGCUCUUGCAUCUUCGUCCGCGGAACAUUCUACCCAAAUUUGUUAAUAUGAAGUUUCGGAAUCAUGGGAUCCCCUCCGCCCACCCUUUGCUUCAAGCUUCAUGGAUGUUUCACCUCCCCAGCCUUCUCUUUGAAGCUCUUUUCCCCUCUUUCCUGAAGCUUAUUAAUUAUAAAGAUCUUUCCUGAAGCUUAUUAAUUAUUUUUCUUUAUUAUUCAUAAAGAAAAGCUAUUAUAUGUCUCUCUUAUAUGAAAAACGUAAAAAGAGUCAUAAAUUUAUUACCAGAGUAUCGGUUCUUAUAAUUCAGUUAUGUUUGACUCAUGAUCAUUUAUUUGGAGAACUCGCUCAAACUAUAGAAAACAUAAUAGCAGUUUCGUUGAA